AUGGCAUCGACUUUUUCUUGUCUCGUCCGCUUCAAGGACUCAAAUGGAAAGGUCCAAUAUGGUGAUGUCCCCAGCGGUCCCGACGACUUGGUGGGCAAGACUGCAAACGUACUGUCUGGGGAAGAACCAUGGGAUUUGAAAGCGACAAAGGAGACGGCACAGAUUGCAGAGGUUCUGUCUCCACUAAAGUCCACCCCUCUUGUGUAUGGCGUCGGCCUGAACUACAAGAAGCAUAUUGAAGAAGCAUCAUUCCCAACGCCCGAAUUCCCUGUCAUUUUCACAAAACCAGGAGACUCGCUGGCCGGACCAUACGAGGAUAUCCCAGUCGACCCACGAUGCGAGCAGCUAGACUACGAAGGCGAGUUGCUGAUCGUGAUUGGCAAGGACGUUCUGAACUUCCGAAAGGGCGAAGAUCCACUGCCAUACGUGCUGGGCUACUCGGUGAGCAACGACGUGUCAUCGCGAUUCUGGCAGACGCCGCAGAGAUGCGGCAAUCAGCACGGGAUGGCCAAGUCGUUCGACAAGUUUGCGCCGAUCGGUCCCGCCAUUGUCAGCCCGCAGAGUCCUCUCGUCAAGGACAAGAUCCAGGACGGUGCUCCCAAUCUCCUGCUUCAGACUUUCGUCAACGGAGAGUUGCGCCAGGAGACCAACACGGACGAUCUGCUCUUUAGAACCAGCGAUCUGCUGGAGUAUCUUAGCAUGGGCCGGACUGUCAGGAAAGGCACGAUCAUCAUGACGGGCACUCCGAGCGGUGUUGCCGCGUUCAUGAAGCCUCCUGCCUGGCUGAAGAAUGGAGAUGUUGUGGAAAUCAAGAUUGAGGCUCUAGGGUCGAUCAAGAAUAAGAUGGUCAUCGGCUCAUAG